UUAAUGCACUUCCUGAUAAGAUUUAAAACCAUAAUAUCUCAGCCCUUUUUCUCUCCUUUUCUCAUUUACUUCAGACAAAAAUGUUAGUUACUCAGAUUCCUUCCCUGGGUUUCUUUUUUUUCCUCCAUCUGGUUUUAUUUUAACUUGAACAGAGCAAAACACUUUUAGGCCUCUUUGAUUUAAGUGUUUGAGGGAUCUUAAAAGAGAAAAAAAAGGAAGAAAGAAAGAAGCCUUGAAAAUGGGUGUGAUGAGCUCUAUAUUGGGUGUUUUUGGCUUCGGAAUUGGAACUUCGAUGGGGCUCGUCAUUGGGUAUUACAUGUUCAUCUACUUUCUGCCCACUUAUGUUAAGGAUCCCAAAAUUCGGCCUUUGGUCGAGGAAGACUCAAAAACUUUGCAGCAGUUGCUUCCGGAGAUUCCCUUGUGGGUUAAAAAUCCAGAUUUUGACCGUGUUGACUGGAUUAACAAAAUUAUUGAGAACAUGUGGCCUUAUCUGGAUACGGCAAUUUGCAACACUGCCAAGACUAUAGCAAAGCCCAUUAUCGCUGAGCAAAUUCCAAAAUACAAAAUUCAGUCAGUUGAAUUCGAAACACUUACUCUGGGUGCCCUACCACCAACUUUUCAAGGAAUGAAAGUCUAUGUCACUGAUGAGAAGGAACUUAUUAUGGAACCAUCAUUUAAGUGGGCAGGCAAUCCUAACAUCAUUGUUGCAGUUAAAGCUUUUGGAUUAAAAGCCACAAUUCAGGUUGUUGAUUUGCAAGUAUUUGCUGCUCCUCGAGUCACUCUGAAGCCUUUGCUUAGUGUGUUUCCUUGUUUUGCCAAUAUAUAUGUCUCCCUAAUGGAUAAGCCACAUGUUGACUUUGGGCUAAAGGUACUUGGGGCAGAUGUUAUGGCCAUUCCUGGACUAUACAGGUUUGUCCAGGAGCUCAUAAAAGACCAAGUUGCAAAUAUGUACCUGUGGCCUAAAGCCUUAGAAGUGAAAAUAAUGGAUCCUACACAAGCCAUGAAGAAACCUGUUGGGAUUCUGGAUGUGAAGGUGCUGAGAGCAAUGAAGCUUAAAAAGAAAGAUCUUCUGGGGAAAUCUGAUCCUUAUGUGAAACUAAAACUAACAGAGGAAAAACUCUCUACAAAGAAAACUACUGUGAAACACAGCAACUUGAACCCUGAAUGGAAUGAGGAAUUCAAUUUUGUUGUUAAAGAUCCAAGUACUCAAGCUUUGGAGAUAAAUGUCUAUGACUGGGAGCAGAUUGGCUCACAUGACGAGAUGGGCAUGAAUGUUGUUCCACUGAAAGAUCUUACACCUGAUGAACCAAAAGUUUUGACUCUUGAGCUGCUGAAAAAUAUGGACCCAAAUGAUCCACAAAAUGAGAAGUCACGUGGGCAGCUUGUCCUGGAAGUUCUGUACAAACCCUUCAAGGAGGAUGAGAUGCCAAAUGACAUUGAGGAAUCAAAUAUGGUACAAAAAGCUCCAGAAGGAACACCUGCAGGUGGAGGUUUGCUUGUAAUUAUUGUGCAUGAAGCUGAAGAUGUCGAAGGAAAGUACCAUACAAACCCACAUGCACGUUUGUUAUUCAGAGGGGAGGAGAGAAAAACAAAGCGUGUAAAGAAAAGCAGAGAUCCAAGAUGGGAAGAUGAAUUUCAGUUUAUGGUGGAAGAACCACCCACAAAUGAUAAAGUUCACGUGGAAGUAUUCAGUACAUCCUCCAGGAUAGGGCUACUGCAUCCCAAGGAAUCUUUGGGGUAUGUUACUAUAAACCUAGCUGAUGUUGUUAGUAAUAGAAGAAUCAACGAAAAGUAUAAUCUCAUUGACUCCAAGAAUGGUCGGAUUCAAAUUGAGAUGCAGUGGAGAACUUCUUCUUGAGCAUGCCGCAAUUUGGUUUUUGGAAAAGUUUGUAAAGGAGAUUAAAUUAGUCCAGAUGCUUUCUGUUGCUAGGAACUAUAUGGCAUUGCCACUGUGUUUCUUCAUCACUGCCCUUCUUCUGUUGAUAAACCUUACUGACACUCUUUUUCAAUAUGUUAUUAAUGUUAAUAACAAGCAAUAUCCUUGCAAA